AUGAUAACUUCCGUCUAUUUUAUUGGCCAGAAAGUUCUACUGGAAUUUUGUGCAGGAAAAAUGCUUAUGCAUGGAACACAUGAUAUCCUCGAUUCUCUUGAAGGACUAGUUCGUAUGGGAAGGGAUCAAAUUGUUUUUCCUGAAGAAACAGUAUUUGAAAAGGUUAAUCAAUCUUCUGGAAGGGUAUACAUUCUGAAGUUCCAUACAGAUGGCAGAAAGUUCUUCUUUUUGAUGCAGAAAUUAUCCAAAACUGGCUUGGGACUCGGUUAUAUUUUGAAGCCGGAACUUGUGCCACCUCUUGUUCAGGAGCUACUUUUACAUCAACAAUUAGCGUCCUAUUUACCUGAGGUCCUGUGUACUGGACAGGGCAGUAAAACAAUGGAUGAAGUUGUCGUCUACAAACCUUUGACUGAAAAAACGAAAAUUCCAAGUAUUUUCGAUGAGUUUUUGGUGCUA